AUGAUUAGACAAAAACGAUCAUAUACACGUAUUGAUAAUGAAGAUAAUAGUAGUAGUAGUAGCGAUGAUGAUAAUUUAAUUAAAAGGCAACGUAAAAGUAAUAGUAGUAAUAGAUCUUAUGUAAGUAUUGAUGAUAUUCGAAAAAAAAAUUCUUAUUCAACAGCUGAAAUGCGAAUACCGUAUUGUCUUUUACUACCUAAUAGAGCUAUUGGAUUUGUUAUCGGGAAGUCAGGUAAUAAUGUACGUGAAAUAGAAAAAGCUUGUGGCGCUAUAAUAAAAUGCCAAAAAGAUUUUGAUGUUUCUGUUUAUCCUCCUCCGUCUGAAAAAAUUUUAACUAUAUUUGGUAAAAAGGAAAAUAAAAAAAAAGCUUUAGAGUUAGUUUUAGAAAAAUCAAAAAGUGUUAUGGAUUUUCAAGAAGAAGACGGAAAAGAAUCUAUAGUUAUAAUAGUACCAACUAGAUCAAUUCCUAUUAUUAUCGGGCAAAAAGGUUCAAAAAUUUCAUCUUUAUGUGAAAGAUCUUCGUGUGAGAUUAAUGUUCAUAAAGAUGAUGUUCCUGGCAUAAAAGAUAAAGCAAUUUUUAUAAAAUCUAAAAAGAUUAGUAAGAUUAUUGAUUGUAUAGGUAUUAUAUAUGAUUUAUUAGAAGAUAUUGUUGAAAAUGGAAUUUUAUGUUUAUCUGAGUUUCCAGGUGUUUCAAAAAAUAAUAGCAGUAAUAAUAACAAUCUUACUACUACAUCUAGCAGCAAUAAUAAUAACCUUAGAAAUAUUAAUAUGAAUAAUAAUAAUAAUAAUAUAGGUUCUUCUUUAAAUAGCUCUAAUAAUAGUUCAAAAUAUUCUUCAACGAAAAAAAAUGAUAAUUCUAAUGAAGAAAUAAAUAAUGAUGAUAUAGAUAAUUGUAGUGUUCCUAAAGAAAAAAAUUUACUUUUGCAUAAGUAUGGUAAAGAAAUUAGUUCAUGUGUUAUUCGUUUUGUUUUAGAUGUAGAAACGACUGCGUGGAUAAUUGGAAAAGCAGGUUGUCACAUUAAAGAAAUUAGAACUAUAACUGGAGCAGGUGCAGUUAUUGUUGAUGCACCUGAUAAUAUUGAAAAUGUUAAAAGUUGUGAUCGAAUUUUAACUUUAUCAGGUUCAGCUGAAAGUAAAUAUAAUGCAUUAAAAUUAAUUGUUAGACAAAUGGAAGAAAGAGAAAAAAAUAUUAAUAACCCUAUGCGUAUGCUCGUUCCAGGUAAAGCAGCUAGCUUUUUAAUAGGUAGAAAAGGAUCUAUUAUUAAGUAUAUAACUGAACAAUCAGGUUCCCAAAUUCAAGUAGCUAAAAAUAAAGAUAGUAAAAAUGAAAAAUUAGUUUUGAUUAGUGGUUCUCCAGAAUCAAAAAUCUUAGCAUCUAUUUUAGUUUUACAAAAAUUAGAAGAAUAUGAAAAUCCUGCCAUUGCAAGAGAAGGUCUUUUAAUUCCUUUAAAUGAUAUCUACUUUAAUUCUAAUACUAAAUAUUCUAAUACUAAAAAAAAUAAUAACAGUAAUAACAAUAAAAUGUAUAACAAAAAUUCUAUUAAUAACAAUGAUCAUUUUUAUUCUUCUAAUUCUCUUUUAAAUAAUAAUCAUAAUAAUAAUAAUAGUCAUAAUAAUGAUAAUACCUCUAUUAAUUAUCAUUACGACAAUAUACCGAACAAAAAUAAUAAUUCUUUAAACAACGCUAACGAUAUGAAAGAUAAAAUUGAGCAAAUGUUUCUACAACAAGUUUAUAAGUCCUUUCCUAUUUCUUCUUUACCUAAAAUUUUAUCGGUUAAACAACCAUAUACUAUCGAAUUAAAUAUGCCUGAUGUAUAUUUGGAAACUUUUGAUUCACAAAAUAAAAAUGGCAAAUCAUUAAUUGAAGAAAUCAUUGAGAAAUCAGGUUGUAAUAUUUCUAUAUGCACUGAUUCUAAUGAUUCUUCAUCUUAUACUUUUAAUCUUUCCAUAACAGGUUCCCCUUUAUCGAAUUCUUUGGCAAUUCUUAUGAUUCAAGCGAAAAUUUUUCAGUUCGAUUGGUUUUAA